AGAUUUGAGCUGUUGGAGCUCAGGGAAAAUGAAUUAAAACAGAUUAGGGAUGGUGUUCUGAAAGCCAAACGCAAGCCAAAGUCUACUAAAGAGACCCAGAAUACAGCAUUCAAAGAAUACAUGAAGAUAUAUUAUGACAAGGAGAGAGAACAGCCAUUGUUUGAUGAUUAUCCUGAAGCAACACUGCUGAAGAAGUUAGGAGAAGAAUCUGCUUCUAUCAAAAAAGAAACAACUCAAAUUGAGAAAGCACCAUUUGGAUUUUUCAUGGAAAUGGGCCAGAAAUUGCUAGAAGAGAAUCCAGCAUCUCUCAUGCACUUUGGCUAUCCAUCUGCUCCAUCUGGGUUUCUCCCCAACUCAGUGCUGAUAAAGCUGCUACACCCAGUUCCUCUACAAGAAGAAGAUCUGAAAGAACAGGCUCCCUACAAACCACCAGAACUCACUUCGAAGCAGCUGGCAGAGAUACAAAGCCUUUACAAGAGACAAAAUACUGGUCAGGACUUUGAAGACCUUGACCUAGCAUUAAGUCGUUCUGUGACUUAUUAUGAUGAAGACCACCUAUCACGUGUCCUUGAGGUUGAACUUACGAGUGAUGAUGAGGAAAGCAGACAAGACAAAACCUGUAACAAUGGUAUCCAUCCAGAGAAAUCUUCAGAAAAGAAGCUACAUUUUAUAGUUCAAAGGAUUCAAAAAGAAAAAAGGCAAACAAAGAAAACGGAUUUGCAGAAUGAAGAUGUGAAUGGAGAUCAGGUUGUAACUAGUCAGGAUGUCUUGCCAGAGAAAUCAUCUCUGAUGUCAAAACUUCAAGAAAUUAUACAUAAAACUUCAUCAAAAUCUGAAAAGAAUGAUAGAGCAGACAGUUCCCCAACAACUACUCCAGAUCUUGAAGUCACCAAACAUCCAUCAAAGCUUGCUGCUGCAUCAAAGACUAUUUCUCCAUUAAGACCUGUUACUAAACUAAUCAGCCACCCAGAAGAAAAGAUUCAAGCAACAUCUCCCAAGCCUCCAACUCCACCAGUACAUCCUACACCACUUCCUGACUUCAUCAGAUUGUUUGUUACAGCAGACUGGUUCCACAAGUUUUUCCCCAACUGCAAUGAGAAUACUUUACCCAAACCCUGGACAAGUGACAGUUUUGUCGUCAUGAUUUGUAAGCUUCUUCGUAUUGCUGACUGGGGGGACAAGGUGAAGGUCACUGACUCCAUUCUAUAUGUGUACACUGAGGAAGGCUUGAAUGAAUCAGUCACCAUUAAUGUGGUCAGGACACUUGUUGCAGUGUUGAAUCAUCAUGCCUCGCCACCUGCCUGUUCUGUCACUGAGCAGAAAGAGUUUAUAUUAACUGCCUUAAAGGCUUUGGCAACCCUUACAGUUAAAGAGAAGGAAGUGGUGGUUGAGUUGAUGGUCCAGUUUUUGCUUGGGGACACAGAAGUCAGGUCAGCUGUCCUUGAUGCCAUGAGGAAUCUUGGUUUGGUUGACCCUCACAGACAGUUGCAGAAGGAACUUGACUUUUGGGAUGUAUGGAGCAUUGAGGAAGCAAAACUCAGACAAGAACUACACAACAUGUGCAGCGAGUGGUUGGAAAGGUGGAUGAUGUCGUAUAGACUCAGAAUUCAAGAUAGCAUGGACUUACUAAAGCAAGGCCAUUCCUUACAUGGCCGUAUCUCCAGUGUGAAGUCUGCCAGUGGAGGAUUUAGCAGGAAACAAGCUAAGCCAGCGGAGAGAGAGCUUUCUGCAUCGUCACAAAAUACAGUAAAGACUUGCCCUCCAACAUUUUCAGAUGGGACCAGAGAUAGACAGAAGUCAUCAUUAACACAAGGCAGUGUGACAGUCAUGAUUGACAGUCUUCACGGAAUGUCUGUACUGCAAUCUGUUAGCUAUCUUGAUGCUGUCACAUACUUCUGUGAAAUGAUGACAGAAAAAGAACUAGAAGCACUGAAAAAAGGACAGACACUCAAAAGAAAGCAGGAAGAUGGGAAAGCAGAGUUUCAGAAUACAGUGCUAGUGUUGCCUAGAAUAUUGAAAAAACCUGCCCUGGUUAGACUUGGUGAGAUGCACACAAGCCAGUGCAGACCUGAGAGAGAAACCUGUCUACAUACAGACUUCCACUUGCCUCCAGUAACAAUGAGAGGAAGACAUCCAGCACCCGGAGACCUGUGCAGCUUUGUCUCCUGCAUCAACCUGCCUAUGAAAACUGUCUACCUGAAUCCCUUCUCAGCAGCUGCUGAAGAGUCAGACUCAAACUUCAAUCAACCAAUCCUGAUAACGCUGAAGUCCUCACAGAAGUAUUUUAUUCCCUCCCUUAGUUAUGUCUCAAAUGAAGAUUAUAGUCUUCAGCGUUCAUAA